UUGCGCAGUUGAAGAAGGCGAUUCUAGUUUCCCCUCUUGUGGCAACAGGAAGAAGUCGAAGCUCUCUCUAUUCAAUCCAGCACCUCUCAUCUGAAACAGAUUGGAACGGCUUGGUUUUUACUCGGUGAAAUUUUAGUGUUCUGCUUCUGGCUCUGUUUGAGUGAAAUCGGCAUUUGGGAAUAUGGCUCUAGGGUUUGGCGGUUAUACUCGAUCACUUAGCAGGAAGAGGAUUGUGGUUUCAACCAAUGUGGAUACUUCGCCCCUCGACUCGAGUUCAGUGACUCCGUUGAAGAGAAUGCGUAGCGGGACAUUCACUCUGAACUCUGAAAAGUCUCGUCUCGAAGCCCUGCCUCAGGACAUUCUGAUAAGGGUUUUGUGCGGGGUUGAUCAUGAAGAUUUGAAGCAGCUUUAUCAUGUUUCGAAAACAAUAAAAGAAGCAGCUCUAAUUGCGAAGCAAUGGCAUUUUGAAUACAGUACUCCGAAGAAGAAAACUUUCGCUCUUCGAACUUCAAUUGAGUUGGAUGAUGAAAAUGAGAUCCCAGAGAUUGAAGCUCCAAAUGCUCCAUUGAGGAAAUAUAAGUCAAGGCUAAGUGGGAAGAAGCUGUCCGACAUCUCAGUUGCCUUAUUUGCUUAGAGCAAUGAUGGAUCAGGGAGUUAAGAUUCUGUGUAUGUAAAUAGAUAGGUCGAAUCUGUUGUUUGUAGAUUAAAUAGGCAUACACUGGAGAGGAUAAGAUCUCCUGGAUCAGAUCUUCUUAGCUGAUUUUACACUUAAAAAGAAAUCUUUUGCAAGCCGGUCAUAUCUUCAAAUCUUUCAUUUGAAGGUUGCGUUGCUCUGGCCUGUGUAUAAUGUUUCAGACUUUCAGUGUAUAGGCAGAGAGAGAGAGAUUGUGGGGAUUUUGUUUGGAGGGCAGUCUAAUAGGCGGGGCCCUUCUUGUCUGAUAAAUUUGGGAGUGUACAGUUGAUUCUGCAUGCUCUUUGUACUUAAUAAAUGAUUCUAGUUUCCAACUUUUAUGAUAUUGAGCUUGUUCCUGGAA